CUGUAUGUAAACAAAAAUUUGAGUUAGUAAGACUAAAUCUAUCUGGAUCUAGAUGUAGUUAUACUUAGUGAAAAAUUGAACAUACUAGACAAUGGCAGAAAUCAGAAGACAGUCUAAGACGCAGAUUACGUACCCUACCAUGCUUUUAGGAGAUACAAGUAUCUGUAUAGACCAAGCGUGAAUAGAUAAGAAUGUUUGUUGUAGCGGAUGUCAACAAGUUUGAUCGACAUCAUAUUGUCCUACACUGUACAGUUAGGACAAUAAUUCAAGUACCGUUUAACACAAUGGUGCAACAGUAUUAACUUGUUUUGAAAACACACCCACUUACGUGUCUUCGUCAGUCGCCGUAAUAUGGCGACAGGUUUUCAGACACUUCCAUAUCUUAAGCGAGUUUCGAGCUACAGAAAGUUUCCCGAGAAAGAUGCAGAGAUUUUCUGUACAACUUUGGCGCAGAAUGGAUACGUCUACACUGGAGAACAAUUCGACGUACGGUGUGAGGGAUGCGAUAUAACUGUACAAGUAGACAAUGUCUGGUCUGUAACCAAGACAAGACUGAGACAUGAAAGUGGAUGUGUUUUCAACAGCUCGGCUUUGAUAGAAGCUGAUGAGGAGAAGAUUGAUUUAGUGUCCAACUCUCUGCCUGGAGGCAGCGACAUACAUGCAGAUGCAGCUUCUGCCAAUCACGGGUUUGGUGAUUUCGAAAACGACUUAGAAAUUGAUGGCACCAUUGCUGGAGCCCAAGCAAGUUAUGCCAUCAGCUCUUCUGGAUACCGUGAUGACAAAACAUCUAAACCACUUAGUGGCAAAGAUGUCGCCUCUGUUUCUUCUCUUACAUCAUCUCUAUCUAUUUCUACAGAAUCACAAGCCUCGUCUUUACUUGACCAAUUUGAGAGGUCAACAAUAGAUCUAGCUCGUGAUUAUUUCGAUUUCAGUGAAAUGUUUCGUCCUGAAUGCAUGGGACUGGAUUCUUCCAAAACAUUGAAGACACAAAAUACCUUGAAACCAAACUGUGAGAAGAACCCAGGUCACUUUGCAUAUUUCUUGAUUCCCUCCCUUAGAUUGGACCACCUCCCGCGCAGAACGCGAUGUGAUGGCUUGCUUCGAGCACUAAAACUUAUGAGCGACCUAACUGUGAAAGUGGUGACAGCAUGUACUAGCAAGCUUCGGCCACUUGACGACGUGGCGAUAACUAACCCUCAAAAAGUUAGACUGGGGACAGGAUUCGUCAUUGAACAGCCCUGUUUGAUUGAUUCGGGUGUCCAGCGAUUGAACAAGUCAACACUGACAUUCUGGAAACAACUGAUGUCACAAAGAAGUCAUAAAAACGUAGGCGCUGUCUACGUCCAAACGUCAAGACACGUUGUAUUUGAUGACGAAGAAGCGCAGAAAACCGAAGUUCAUUUUUUCAGCGGCUCUUCGAACGACGAGGCUAAAGUUACUCUUGUAGGAAAGCGCUUACUGUCUAGUCUUACGCCUGGAGAUGGUCAAUGUUUACUUGUCUGCGAAUGCCCAAAUUUGGAAUUCAUCCAAAGGCUAAAUCUCUUGCAAAAGGAAUUCUUCAAGGCUGUUGAAGAGCUUCCGUUAAAAGUUAAAAUAGGAAUGCUGAAAACAAUGUUUAUAGUUCACCAUCCUCAUGGAGGUCCCAAAGUGUUGUCCUUCGGAGAUCAUGUGAAAGUGAAAUAUAUAUACAACACCGGUGAAAGUAAACACCCAACGCUGACCAAGUUAACGCCUAAUGAUCACGUGUCCUCAGAUGUGGCUUUGUACAGGAAGGCUCUGCUUUAUGUCGCUGACACCUGCAGUGGAUCUAGCGGUGCCCCUGUUCUUAUGAUGUCUGCCAAGAAAACAGAGGGCACUGGUCAUGUGACAUUUAGACCUGACAUUUGGAUGCAUAAUGGAGUCGAAGCGACACAUUCAUUGGGUGUCUCCAAACUAAAAAACUGUACAGUAGAAGACUUUCAACAGAUUGCUGGACAGUGGACAGAUCAAGAUGAUGACAGUGAAGAUGAAGCCAGCCCCGGGAAUCAGAAGGUCGACUCACCCGUCUACAAGGUCAUCACUUCGAUGGCUCAUCCAGACUUUGCCAUGUAUGAGACCAGGCUUAACACUUUCCGUACUUGGGCUCAUAAGGAGGUCAUAGCCCCCGAGAAACUAGCGUUAUCAGGAUUUCACUUUACAGGUGAAUCGGAUUGCGUAGGUUGUUUUCAGUGUGGUCUGAGGCUACGUGCUUGGAAGCGGGGAGAUGACGUCAUGGCUGAACAUAAGAAGUACAGUCCAUCCUGUCCUUAUCUUGCAACAGUGGCGGAUAGGCAUCAAGAAAUGUGGGCAGGGUCAGGUGAAGAAACAGAAUCUGGUGCCAGACAGAGUGCAGAGAAUAUUGAAGUAAAAUUGUUGAAAUCAGAAAACUUGAAAUUAAAAGAUCAGCUGCUGUGUAAGAUGUGUCACAAGUCAGAAAUCAAAGAUGUCUUUCUACCUUGUGGAGAAUUGUACGCCUGUAGUGACUGUUCUAAAUUGGUCACUCAUUGUCCAUCUUGCAAGAAACAAAUCCUGGCUACAGUUACUGUAUACCUUACUUAGUACUAAACGUUUCAAACUGUAAAUUUAUUUGGCACUAACUGGAUAUGACCCACGCCCCGCGGGUCUUAGUUUGGAUAUCAUUGAUCUAGCGCCAAGUUCCCUUAUAUUUUAGCCGACGUAUUGAUGUCUAAUAUAAAAUACUGUGAAAAUGGGUUUACCCGAUUUGUUAGAAAGAUUUGUUCUUUAAUAGAGAUACAUUUAGAUUUUUAUUUUGAAGGCCCUCCUGUUGUGGGAGGGACGUUAAACAUACACUACUCUCUCCGUUAUGAUCUAAGGAACAUUUGUGUCAAGUUUUAUCAAUAUUAGUUUAACGUUUUGAUUUAUAUUUGUUCUUUGGGCUACAAUUUAUAUCUUUUUAUCUCUUUUUAAUUAUUUGAGUGUUUAAAAUUCAAUUUUUGAAGUGUUAUUACAUUUUGUUUUUAUUUUGGAAGUUUUGUUUCCUUUGUUGACCCACUUAAAUGUAAUCAUUUGUUUUGCUUAUAUUUUAGAGCAUUUAAGCGUCUUUCAACUUAGUCUAUGUUUGCAUAGUGCAGAUGUGUACACUAAAAGCAAGUUACAGGAAUCUGGCUGCCUGGUCGUGCGGUUUGCGCGCUGGACUGUCGUUUGGAUUUAUCGAUGGUCCCGGGUUCAAACCCUGCCCGCUCCCAUCCCCCGUCGUCCUGCGGGAGGUUUGGACUAGGAAGUAAACUAUCUUCAACUCUGAAGGAACAUCCGAAACAUGUAAAACAUUUUACAAACAAACAAAACAUUUACACUUUCUUUAACCCAUGCGGUGCAUACAGUGGCUUAGCAUCUAAACAUCAAAAUAGCAAUUCUAUUUUGUAUGCACUCAUUGUAAAACAGCUCAGCACUUAAAGGGUUAAGAUUCAAUACCGAACACACGAGAACUGAUAUACAGUAUGAGGUAACAAUAAAAAGCAAUACAGUUGAAAAGAAAGAAUUUUUUUUUUAAAUUAGAAGAGAGUAUUUGAGAUUAAAUAAUUGACAAAGAAAUAAUGUCUUGGAAGCCAUAGAGUAAGAUCACUGUUACCAGGUGAACAAUAACAAUUACUUUGUGGUACAAGGUAAUUACUUUAAAAAAGUAGAUACUGCAGCGCUGGAAUGAGCACACAAAUUAUGUUUUUGUGAAAUACUUUUACAUUUACCUUCUACCUCUCUCUUAGUCUGUUGGGGCACCAGGCAAGAUUUGUCGACCGUCCUUCUCCAUUCCUCUUAGUAUUUUGAUUAAACCUCUUUCAAUGGCAGUUCCGUCCAUUCUUUUAUGUUCUACCAUCUCUUUCUCUGUCUGCCUCUUCUUCUUUUUUCUGGUACUGUUCCGUGAAGGAAGGUCUUUGAGUGCCCGGAAGACCUUGUAUUAUGGCCAUAGAUUUUUUGCUUGCGUUGUAUUGUUUACUAUAUUUUAGCAGGUAUAUUAUGGGGUUCGAUCGCUGCAGUGGCCCAGUCUCAAAUCUCUUGGCUUGUGAUGCGGUCUGAUGUGAUACCUAGGAUCCUUCUGUCAACUUUGUUUAUCGAUAUUUCGUUUUCUGUACACCAGAUACACCGUAAAGCUUGCUAUUGUAAAUUAGCACCCAUGUAUGAGAAUCCAAUCCUUUGUGAUUUUAUAUUUCGUUGUUUUACAUUUUUAAAAUAUAAAUAUUGUACUUGUAUGGUUGGGCUUAAGUGUAAUUAUUAUAUUUGAGUCUAUGGCUUCAACUUUAUGUGUGUGUACGUGUAUGCUAUUCUAAUAUAUAUAUAUAUAUGCUUUGUCAUAUAUGACUGCCUGGUCGUGCGGUUUGCGCACUGGACUGUCGUUCAGAUUUAUCGAUGGUCCAGGGUUCAAACCCUGCCCGCUCCCAUCCCCCGUCGUCCUGCGGGAGGUUUGGACUAGGAAGUAAUUAUCUUCAACUCUGAAGGAACAUCCGAAACAUGUAAAACAAACAAUCUCUUUCAGAGAUUUAAAAAAAGUUUAUUAUUAUUGUUUUAUUAUUUAUUUUCUUGCUACUUUACAUUUUAGUCUUCUAUUGUGAAGGGUUUCUAAAGAUGUUACUGUAAUGAAAAGUGAAUAUUCGUUUGUUAUGAAUCUCACUGCUCUAUUUAAUUGCUUCAAGAAGUAAAGUAUUUUCUAUAACAGGCUUCAUGUUUUAUAGAACUAUUGCACAAAUUAAUACACACUGCAAUGAUCACAUGUUAUUCACAGAUAAGCAUGGUGAUAUGUUGAUUGUGACUCAUAUCUGUAAACUAUUUGGAUUUUAUAAAAAUUGAUGCAUGUCUGUGUAUCAAUUAUAUAUAUAUAUAUUUUCAUUUAUUUAUGCUACAGUUUUAAUAACUCUAAAAAUCUUAGAAGUGUAUAGCAUGGAUUUUAUGGCCGUGAUUUGAUUCGUGUAUUUCCUUUACAACAAUCAAUACUUUGUAUUGCCUGUUGCAGGUGUCGGGAACAUCUUUUCUUAUGCCUUCUUUGGUUUUAUUUUAUUAUCUAGGUUUUAUUAUGGUUUUUAAAAUUUGUAUAUAGUACACAAUUAAUGAUCAAAGUUAUGAAUUAUGUUUAUUAUUGUCAAUUUUAUGUGGGAAUUACAAUGCAAUUUUUUUUCACUUUUAAAAACAAGGGCAGCUAUUUUGUUUAGUUAACUUCAGCUAUCAAUAUAAGUAUGCGAUACAUUGUAGGAGACGCGUUAAUUAUGCACUUAUUUUUAUUAGUGUCAUUUUUUUUGUGGGAUUACAAUGCAACUUUUGUCACUGUUUUAAUAAAGGCAGCUAUAUGAAUUCACAUUUUGUUUACUUUAGUUUCAGUAUAAGAAUGCGAUUUAUGCAAUGGGUUGUUAAACACAUUUAGUACUAGCAUUUUUAUCCACUUGUGUUAGUAUCUUAUAAGACUCAGGCCGUUUGCGAUAUGAAAACAUUAGUUUUAAAAAGGUUGUUUCAGUUUCAGAAUGCCUAUGUGUGUGUAUGUGUGUUAAACCAAACACAUAAACGUUUGAAAAAUAUAAUAUAAAUAACUGGUUUAAUGUAUCGAAAAGGAGCAGACUAGAACAAGGGGAAAAAACAUAAGUAAGGGAGACAACACAAAAAAACAUGCGAAUGAGAUGUUAUAAAGUUUCAAUAUCAUGUAAUAUACAACGGUGAUUAUUUGAUUGAUUUAUUCAAUUCACCUAUAGUAAUAUUUUCGCUGUAUAUGUCCACGUACUUUACAUUUUAACAAAAUCUUUAUGUUCUGCUAUAAUAUAAACCUGAUUGGUUUAUUUUCCGUAUACUUUUGUAAGUGUCAUUUUCUGUAGGUAUAGGUCCUCCAUCUUGAAUUCCUAGAGGGAAUAGUUAUUUCAAUAAAAAAGUUAUUGUGGAGAAUUGAAUAUUAUUAACUCAAAUUUUUUUUAUAUUAUAAUUCAGUUUGGAAAAGUUGAUUUGAGGCAACAUUUUUUUAAACAUUAUUCUAAAAUGACAUCAUCAUGAUGUUCUAAAAUGACAUCAUCAUGAUGUUCUAAAAUGACAUCAUCAUGAUGUUCUAAAAUGACAUCAUCAUGAUGUUCUGAACUUUUGCUGCUGUCUACUCCACGGUCAUACUGGAAAUGUUGGAAUAUAUGCGUUUAACAUUUUUUUCUUCACAAUAAUUUGUUUCAUGUAAUUUAUUUUGUAUUAUCAUUAAUAUAAAAUAAUAUGUUAACUGUUUUUAAAUAAAUUUUAUUUAAAAAAAAAGAAAAAAAAUAUAAAGGCCAAAAAAAAAAGGCAAAAAAAAAAAGAGGCCUAAGGCCCAAGGAUUCUUAUGACGAUGAAAAAGCUAAAAAAUGAAUAGCACACAUGCUGAGGUCUCCUUAAAAAAAAAGUUGUUUAUUAGUUUUGUUUCAUUCUGUACGUGUACAUCUGUGGUUCUUCUUAUAAUGGAGGUGCUUUGGUAUUCUCAUUGACUUUCUGUAUUUUGAAUAUAACAAAUGACGACGAGUACCUAGUGGUCUCUCUAUGUAUAUGAACAUAGGUUGUUCUUGUGCUAAUUAAUAUGUGUUGAUGUUUCUACGUUGGUGUGUGGAAUAAUAAAUAAAUUAAUUGGAUGCACAAAA